AUGGCCACCUCUGCCUACUCUCGUCAUCCCACUAGCUAUGCUACUCACCAAAAGACCCUUCCCAUCACCAUGCCGUCAGGAAAGGCACCUGUCUACAGCUACCCCCAAUCCAGGGUUCUUGACUCUCCAGAACUUUCUGACACUAGCACAUCUUACGCUGGAAGUCGGACAUCCGCGGGUUCCUACUCCGCUCACUCCAGUUAUGCGCCCAGCCACAGCAGCGGAGACUGUGGCCCUUACGCGCAUUCCGGAGUGGAUGUCGUUGACAUGCUCAGCGAAAAAAUGGACGCCGCUUUCGAUCCCAUUCGAAUGGAUCGCUCGCUGGCGAAACAAGCCCAGACAUCUGGCGAAUUGAAUGCCAAACAGCGAGAGCUGCAAGAGCUGCAAGCGAUGGCCCAGCGGAGAUUGAAAUCCGCGCGGGUCAAUUUCGCCGAAGGAGUCGAUGCGGUGAAAGAGGCCCGACGAGACGUGGAAUACACGUCCAAGAAAAUAUCAGCGAUGAAAUCGAAGGCAGAGAAGAAACAUCCGGAGGCGUAUGCGAAGGCCAGCCGCAGCCGCCAUGCCUGA